AGUAAGCUCUACUUGCCUACAAAUGUAUUUGUUCCAAUGUGCUGCUGAUAAAAAAAAGAAAUAUUUAGCACUGUUUUAAUCUGAGUUAUAAAAUAUUUAAAUUAUUUAAACAGAUAUUCAUAAAGACCACAAACAACAUCUGAUGGAGAAGACUGAGACUCUAGCGGAGCAUAGACCCCCGGGAACUACCCUGGAACCACAAAGAUUCCUCAUCAAUGAGCGUUAUGUGAACCUGAUUGUAAUCUCCACUGAUCAGUUUAGACAACGUCCUCAGCAUGAGCUAAUACAGACUGGGGAAAAACAUGAGGAAUGCUUGAACAAAAUACAAACUGGACUGGAACGCAUUUCCUCCAAAAAGCUGUUCCGAUGGAGUCACCAGUCACAAUGUGUACCACAUGCAGUAAUGGUGAGUGGAGUUCCAGGAAUAGGGAAGACCACACUGAUGCAGAAGUUUGUCUAUGACUGGGUGACCGGAAAACACUACCAGAUAUUUGCUUUUGUCUUCUUCUUCAGAUUCCGAGACCUUAAUAGACUGGGAUUGGUCAACUUGGAGGAGAUGAUUCUCCAUCAAUAUCCACAUCUGGAGGGUCAGAUUGGAGAUAUUUUACAACAUCCAGAGAGGCUUCUGUUUAUUUUUGAUGGAUUAGAUGAAAGUAUUUACCAAAUGGAUUUCAUAUCAAGUAAACUGUCCAAUCCAAAAUACAGAACACAUUUUGGUGAGAUUCUGAACAAUUUGGUGAGGCAGAGUCUUCUCAAUGGUUGUUCUGUACUGAUAACAAGCCGUCCAACCAGACUAGCAUCAGUUGAUACUGGUGUAUUCCAGAGAAUAGCGGAGAUCAUGGGAUUUCUCCAUGAAGACCGACUAAUCUACUUUAAUAAUUUCUUUGGAAAUAAGGAAUUGUCAAAAAGGGCUUUUCAUUAUGUGCAGGAGAAUGACACGCUGUACACUUUCUGUUAUAUCCCAUCAUACUGCUGGAUCAUCUGUACAGUGUUAUCAAUGUGCUUUAGAGCCCAACCAACAAAUUCUGAUCAGUUGAUGACAUUAUUGCCCAAAACAGUGACACAACUCUUUGUAACUUUUGUCUCCAAUAUUCUGGCCAAUCACAGCCAGAAUAAAGAUGGCGGUCACACUGCCCAGAAACUUCUGACAUCUGUUGGGUGGAUGGCAGAACAUGGAGUCAUGAAUCACAUGAUUGUAUUUGAUGAGCGUCAUCUGGAGUCAUUCAAUCUAAGAAAUGAUAAACAUCUCUUUUCUUCUUUUAUGGUGGAAUCUGGUCAGUCUCCCGAUGUGGAUUACACCUUCUUACAUCUCACUCUUCAGGAGUUUUUUGCUGCUUUAGUUCAUUUUAUUAACUAUAGUCCUGACAAGUUACAGGAAACACUUGACAAGGCUGAAUCUUACAAAGAUGGCCGUGCUGAAAUACUCCUCCGUUUCCUCUGCGGUCUCUCAGAUUCUUCUACUAGAUCCAUGUUAAAGCCUCAUGUGGGAGAGUUGUCUACCAAGGCUGCCAGAGAUGUCAUCACCUGGAUCCACAGAAAAGAUGGCAAACCAAAAGAACACAAGAGAGCACUCCUGAAUGUAUUCUACUACCUCCAUGAGAGCAGGAAUAAGGCUCUGGUGUCACGAUGUAUUACAUCAAAAGAAGUUGACAUCAUUGAUGUCCCCCUCACCCCUCUGGACUGCUCUGUGCUGUCUUAUAUCCUUCAAUCCUGCAGAGAGACAGAAGAAGUCCAUCUAAAUUCGUGUAAAAUUCAGAGUGAAGGAUUGAGAAAACUUAUACCAGCUUUACACACCAUCAAGAAUCUGAUUUUGUAUGAUAAUCACUUGACAGACAGUUCCUGCCCCCACCUGGCAUCUGGAAUAAGAAAUAACCAGACACUGAGGACACUGAACCUGUCUGAGAACAAUCUGGAGGGUCCUCAUUUCAGUGAUCUGAUGGCAGCUCUGACAACAAGCCGGAUAGAGGAAUUACAAUUGCCCUACAAUCACCUUACUGACAGUUCCUGCUCCCAUCUGGCAAUUGGAAUAAGAAAGAACCAGACACUGAGGACACUGAACCUGUCUGAGAACAAUCUGGAGGGUCCUCAUUUCAGUGAUCUGAUGGCAGUUCUGACAACAAGCCAGAUAGAGGAAAUACAAUUGAAUAGAAAUAAGCUGACAGACAAUUCCUGCCCCUACCUGGCUUCUGGAAUAAGAAACAACCAGACACUGAGGAUACUGUACCUGUCUUUGAACAUCCUGGAGGGUCCUCAUUUCAGUGAUCUGAUGGCAGCUCUGACAACAAGCCGGAUAGAGGAAUUACAUUUGGAUAAUAAUCACCUGACAGACAGUUCCUGCCCCCACCUGGCAUCUGGAAUAAGAAAUAACCAGACACUGAGGACACUGAACCUGUCAUACAACGUUCUGGAGGGUCCUAAUUUCAGUGAUCUGAUGGCAGCUCUGACAACAAGCCAGAUAGAGGAUUUACAAUUGGAUAAUAAUCGCCUGACAGAGAGUUCCUGCCCCCACUUGGCAUCUGGAAUAAGAAAUAACCAGACACUGAGGACACUAAACCUGUCUGAGAAUAAUCUGGAGGGUUCUCAUUUCAGUGAUCUGAUGGCAGCUCUGACAACAAGCCGGAUAGAGGAUUUACUUUUGGGUGGUAAUAACCUGACAGACAAUUCCUGCCCCCACCUGGCAUCUGGAAUAAAAAAUAACCAGACACUGAGGAGACUGGACCUGUCUGGGAACAAUCUGGAGGGUCCUCAUUUCAGUGAUCUGAUGGCAGCUCUGACAACAAGCCGGAUAGAGGAAUUACAAUUGUUGAAUAUAAAUCUGACAGACAGUUCCUGCCUCCUCCUGGCAUCUGGAAUAAGAAAUAACCAGACACUGAAGACACUGGACCUGUCUGAGAACAAUCUGGAGGGUCCUCAUUUCAGGGAUCUGAUGGCAUCUCUGACAACAAGCCGGAUAGAGGAAUUACAUUUGGCUGGUAAUCACCUGACAGACAGUUCCUGCCCCCACCUGGCAUCUGGAAUAAGAAAUAACCAGACACUGAGGAUACUGUACCUGUCUGGGAACAAUCUGGAAGGUCCUCAUUUCAGUGAUCUGUUGGCAGCUCUGACAACAAGCCGGAUAGAGGAAUUACAGUGAGUAUAAUAGGACUGACUGAGACAUU